AUGAAAUCUAAUGGAUCACCAAUUAGUGAAUUUUAUCCAGAUACAUUUAAAUUAGAUUUUAAUGGAGAAAAAGUUGAUUACAAAGCUAUUGUUGUAUUAACUUUCAUUGACCAAGAAAAGUUAUUACAUUAUGUUAAGCCAAUAGAAAAGAAAUUAAAAGGAGAUGCAAAAAGAAGGAAUAGAAGAUACGGUGAUUCUUAUAUAUUUAUUGGUAAAGAU